AUGGAUGAGUGCUUCACAUUUGAGAAUUCUCAAAAGUGCUUCACAGGAUCGGGAGGGGAGGGAAGGAAGCGGCGAAAGGGAGGCUAUGUGGGGGAUUAUAACGAGGAUGGGGUGUUGGGGAAAGAUGAGGAGGAAGGAAAAGGAAGGGGUGGGGAGGAGAGGGAAAAGGAAGAAGCAGAAAGUGAGGGAGAGAAGGUGGGGAGAGAUGAAGAGAGGGAAGAGAGGACGGCGGUAGACGCAGAGGAGGGGAAGAGACAGGUGAAGGGGGUUAAGGCAGACGCGGAGGGGGAUGAGGAUGAGCGAGAGGGGAAGGAAGAGUAUGGGCUUGAGAAGAAGAUGCAGAAACAGGAUGGUGGUGGUGAUGAAGAAGAAGAAGCUUCUAACGAGGAUGGUCAAAGAGAGAUGAGGAAGGGAGAGGUGACAGGAGGAGGGAAGGAAGUGAGAGAGGGGACGAGAGUGAGGGGGGAAAUGGAGGAGGGAGUGGAUGGGUGGGUGGAUGGGGGAGUGGAUGGGGGAGUGGGGAGAAGAAGGAAGGAAAAGAGAAGAAGACCUGAAGCUGCAUCUAGGCCAAAAGAAGUGAAGGAUGGCAAACCUGGCUUAGACGCGCAGAAAGGGGAUGGGAGAAGAAGGCUCAGGAGAAAAGGCGGUGGCUUGGUGGGAGGGGAAUUGGGUGGGAAUGAGGGGAUGCAGGGAGGGGGUGAUGGUGUGGGGGCAAGGACCAGGUGGGGAGGGAGGAGGCCUGAUGGCGUGUCGUUUAAAGAGGAGGAGAGUGGGGAGGAGGGGAGUGGGGAGGAGGGGAGGGACGUGGAUGAAGGAGGGAGGAGUGGGGAAGAGGAGUGGAGCGCAGAGGAGGAGGAGGCAGAGGCAGGGGAAGAGGAAGGGAGUAGGAAGGGAUUGGGGGAGGUGAAGAGGGAUGCCCGUGGAAAUUCGCGAAGGAGAGAGGGGAGGGAGCGGAGGGAGCGGAGGGAGCGGAGGGAGAAGAAAGAGAAGAAAGAGAAGAAGGAGAACAAAGGGGGGAAGGAGGGGAAGGAGGGGACGCCUGAAGGAGUGCGUGCAGCAAACGGGCGAGGAGGAGCGGAGCGGGACAAGGCUGACAGAGUGAAGCCUCUUUUGGAGCCUCAACAAGGGGCCUCGGACUCGGACAUUCAGCCGUUGAGGCUGCUCAGGUGGGCUCUCCCUUCACGUGUUGCUCUAGUUGGCUUGGCUCUCCCUUCCUGCUCAAGUGCUGCUCCCCAGUUGCGGUCUUAA